AAUUUUCAUUUAACUUAUAUCAGUACAUGUGUUUAGCAAAAUAUUUUAAACUAAAUAAAAUGUUUUUUGAGGUAUUAGGUAAAGUUAUAUUCACAUUACUAUCAGUUAAGUUUAGUUUUUCUUUUAUUCAAUUUGUAUAUAACAUAAUUUAUGAAUCGAAUGUAGAUUUUAAAUCUACAGGAAAAUGGGCAGUUAUAACAGGAUGUACAGAUGGAAUUGGUAAAGCAUACGCCGAACAAUUGGCCAAAAAAGGAAUAGACAUUGUAUUAAUUAGUAGGACAAAAUCAAAACUUGAGUGUACGGCUAAGAUGAUCCGUGAUAAUUACAAUGUUCAAACUAAGAUUAUAGUAGCAGAUUUCACGGAGGAUGAAUCUUCAUUAUAUCCACGAUUAUCCAAGGAACUUGAUGGAAUGGAUAUAGGAAUACUUAUAAACAAUGCAGGACAGUGUUAUUCUCAUCCUGAAUACUUUUUAAAUUUCAAAGAUGACGAUCCCACAUUUAAAAAUAUAAUCAGAUGUAAUAUUAUUUCUAUAGUAAAUAUGUGCCGUAUUGUCAUGCCUGCAAUGGUAAAAAAACGUCGCGGUAUCAUCAUGAACAUAGGAUCAUUAUCGUCGCCAUGCCCUAGCCCAUUAUUAACCGUUUAUGGUUCUUCUAAGACAUUUGUUCAAAAGUUUAGCGAAGAUCUUAAUACUGAAUACCAAAAUUAUGGAGUUCUAGUACAAUGUGUCAUGCCUGGAUUCGUUGUAACAAAAAUGAGUAAAAUAAAUAAACCUACUUGGUUGAUACCUACAGCUGAAAGAUAUGUAGAAUCUGCUUUAAAAACUACUAAAAUCGAAAAAUUAACAACUGGUUAUUUCCCACACACUUUGCUAAUAUAUUUUAUUAUUUUACUUAAAACUAUUUCACCUUCAUUGGCAUCAACAAUCAUACUGAAUAGUAUGCAAAAAUACCGUAACAAAGGAUUGAAUGAAACAAUGAAAAAUAAUUAAAAGAAUGUAUCUAUAAUAAUGAUGAAAACUAAGUUCAAUGGGUUUACAUAAUAUUAUAGAUUGUCACACUCCUCUAUAGAAUGUGUUAUAUGUGCUUAUUAAGUUGUUUUAACGAUAUUGAGAAUUACAUUUUAAUAUUAUUUAUUAUUUAUUUAAAUGUACAACUUUUAAUUAAUUUAUUAUAAGUACUGAUGAAUAAAUUUAUACUCGAGAAGUGUUUUAAAGCACUAAAAUUAUCUUCCUAUUUAAACAAUAUUUUUUCCUAUAAUAACAAAUUGUUUAAAAUAAAUUAUUUUUAAAAUAUUUUAAACUAAACAAUUCAAAAAGUCUAAUACUUGUAAAAUAUUAUAAAAAGUUAAUAUUUAUUUUAACUGGUCCUUAUACGAAACAAUUUUGUUAGCUCUACAAACAUUUUAUGUAUUACUUUAAAUAUAUUUUUUUCUUUUGGUGAAAAAAGAACCUUUUUCGUCAUCAACAUAACCUACCGAUAUAAACCACAUACAUCCCUAGCGAUAUUCCUGCAUUUUAAUAAAAAAAUAUCAUUGAGUAUAGAUAUUAUUGUUUUUAAAAUGAUGAGGUAAUGAGAAAAAAAUUCUUUUGUUUAUCAAAAUUACUAUUAAUUUUUUACUAAAAAAAUUUCAUAAGUUAGUAAAUUUUAGAAAUCUAUAAGUAAUAAGUAAAAAUUACACAAAAAUUUUGAAAAAUACCAACCAUCUGAAGUCUUUUACUUCAGGUUUUAUUGUUGUACUUUAAGAAUUGUGAUGUUUAAAUUUAAAAUUAAUAUUUUUUAGAAAGU